AUGGGUUCUAUUCCCAACGGAGACUCCCCGGGUAUCGAAUUAUCGGUUGCCUUGACGGCGUGCAAUCUUUCCAGCGUUGUCCAACACGCGAAGAAGAUCUCGGCUCUCGCGGACGUUGCUGCCAGUGGCGACGAUGCUGCACGCUUGAGCGCGCUUGCCAGCGCCCGCGCGCUUGUCCAUGCCCUGGAGACACCUCGCGAGACUAUGAUAAAACACUGUUGGGCCCAACCUGCCGCCUUCACGGCCUUGACCUACGCCGUUGACUCGGGCCUUUUUGCCUUGAUGGCAAAAAAUCCAGCGCCACAGAGAGUCGCCGAUCUUGCCAGGACAUUGGGACAUGACCCUGCGUUACUGGGCAGGAUAAUGCGUCAUCUCGGCGCGAUGUUGUACAUCACCGAAACCGGGCCAAACGAGUACAAACCGACAAACUUUUCCAACGCGCUCACAAUCAACAGCAUGGGGGCAGGCUACCCCUGCGUUGCCGGUGCAUGCAUGGAAUCGCUUGCUAAGUUCCAUGAGUUUGCCAAAAAGACCAACUAUCGCGAACCACAAGACGUCUUCAACGGUCCGUUGCAGUACGGAUACAACACCAAGCUCGAUUGCUUCAGUUGGUUUGCGGCGAACCCUCCUCGUAUGAAAGAUACGAUUUCCAGUUUGCCCAGCAUAUGGGGGGCCUACCGCCAAGGUCGGCCCAGCUGGAUGGAUGAGGGGAUGUAUCCUGUCAAAGAGCGCUUGAUCAAUGGAUUCGACCACUCUGGAGACGGCGUCUUGCUUGUAGACGUCGGGGGUAGUUUCGGACACGACAUCGACGAGUUCAGGAGAAAACAGCCCGCUGCUCCUGGAAGGCUUGUCGUGCAAGAUCUUCCUAGCGUCAUCAACCAGAUCGAGAAACUGGACGACAGGAUCGAGAGGAUGGGGCACGACUUCUUCGACGAGCAGCCUAUUAAAGGUGCUCGGGCAUACUACAUGCACUCUGUCCUCCACGACUGGCCAGAUGACAAGUGCAAACAGAUCUUGUGCCGUACGACGGCGGCGAUGAAGCCAGGCUAUAGCAAAUUGCUGGUCAAUGAGAACUGCAUUCCGGACACCGUUGCCGACUGGCAGAAUACGGGGCAGGACAUCAUGAUGCUCACCCUCGUCAGCAGUCGAGAACGCACGAGAGUCGAGUGGCAAGAUCUACUGGAGAAGGCCGGAUUGCGAAUUGUGAACAUAUACGGAGGUGGAAACGGGGUGGAAAGCCUGAUUGAAUGCGAGCUGGCCUGA